UCGAUGCGGGAACUUCAUACUUUUAUGGAAAUUAUUUUGUACCAGCUACAUAACCAGGGUGUAUAACCGUCAAGAUUACGUAGUGUUAUUUAAAAACGAAAAUGUUUCCGUAAUUUGUUAUUCGACAGCGAUUCUUCACUAUCAACGCAGAUAAUUCAUAAAAUACCAUAACUACAACAACUACUAGCUAUACGGUUAUAAUUAAUAACAUCGUUUGAUUAGUUUGACGUAGACGGAGCAAUUUGACUACACCUUAUAGGUUAGGUUACAUUAGUAAAAAUAAAAAAAACGAAACUAUUAAUAUAAUACCUGUUGAAUCACAUUGAUAUUGUUAUCAAUUAUUUCAUUUUCAACGUAAUGUCGUGACUGCACCACUGCGGCGAUCUGCUCUUCAACGACAUUCAGAAUUCACAUUUUGCUAUUUCAGAUCUUACAGUCUACAUCAGUGAUUACUGAAUAUAUUAUUAUUUUUUAAUAGGUACAGCGCAGUACAACUGAUAGUAUUGUACACGUUUUUUAUUCUAUUAAUCGCUGAGAUCAGUUUCGAAACUGAAGAGUACCAUCUACGAAUUGGUUAAAAUUUGUAUCGGUAAGAAUUAAAGAAACGCCAGAAUGAGGUCCAGAGUCAUUACCUUGAUGGAUACAUUGAAUUCAGUAUCGUGCAGAUGUCCCUCUCAUUCAAAUUUAGGGGCUCUACCAUCAAGGCUCAGUACCAGUGUGGAUCAAAAGGAGUAUGCUUUUGAAAUGGCAUGCUCUACUAUUCGGUACGGCCCUGGAGUCACCAAAGAGCUUGGUAUGGACAUGGUUAAUAUGCAAGCUAAGCGUGUGUGUGUCAUGACUGAUUCGAACUUAGUGAACUUGCCGCCAGUAAAGGCUGUCCUGGACUCUCUCACCAAAAACGGUAUAAAAUAUGAUCUUUAUGAUAAAAUCAGAGUGGAGCCUAACGAGAAAAGUCUUGAAGCCGCGACCAACUUUGUGCGUAAUUUGGAGUUUGAUGCAUUCAUAGCGGUAGGAGGUGGUUCUGUCAUGGACACCUGUAAGGCAGCCAACUUGUACUAUUCUGAUCCAGAAGCUGAGUUGUUGGAUUAUGUGAAUCCUCCUAUUGGGAAAGGAAAACCAGUGACUGUGCCAUUGAAGCCGCUGAUUGCUGUGCCGACCACCACUGGUACUGGAAGUGAGACAACUGGAGUUUGUAUUUUUGAUUAUGAAAAGUUGAAGGCCAAAACUGGUAUUGCAAAUCGAGCAUUAAGACCUACUUUAGGUAUUGUUGAUCCCUUGCAUGCAUUAAGUCAGCCAGAAAGAGUUUGUGCUUUUAGCGGUUUUGACGUAUUUGGCCAUGCAUUAGAAUCAUUCACAGCUGUACCAUACAAUGAAAGGUCCCCACGUCCUACCAAUCCAAUUUUAAGACCUGCAUACCAGGGUCGUAAUCCUAUUUCAGAUGUUUGGGCUCGGUAUGCAUUGGAUGUCAUUAGGAAGUACUUCAAAAGGGCCGUGUACGACCCUGAAGACUUCGAAGCACGUUCUAGCAUGCACUUAGCCUCUACAAUGGCUGGUGUAGGUUUUGGUAAUGCAGGUGUCCAUUUAUGCCAUGCAUUGUCGUAUCCAAUCUCUGGAAAUGUAAAACAAUAUCAAGCCACUGAUUACAUUACCGAUCAUCCAAUUAUUCCUCAUGGGUUAAGUGUCAUUAUGUCUGGGCCAGCAGUGUUUGAAUUCACAUCUCCGGCUAGUCCAGAACGCCACAUUGAAGGUGCUAAACUGCUAGGUGCUGAUGUCAGUGGUGUUAAAAAUGCUGAUGCCGGGAAACUAUUAGCUGAUGUCAUUCGAGGAUACAUGCAGGACAUGAAAAUCGAUAACGGUUUGUCAGCUCUUGGUUAUACUAAAGAUGACAUACCAGGGUUAGUGAAAGGUACAUUACCACAGCAUAGAAUUACAAAGCUUGCUCCAAGAGAACAAUCAGAAGAAGAUUUAAGUCUGUUGUUUGAAAAUUCAUUAACCGUUUAUUAAGAACUAAUGUUAUACUUUUAUUAUUGUUGAAGUUUAAAAUGUUUAAAAAAUUUAGUUAAUGUACUACCAUUAAUCAUUAUUGUUUGUUGUUUGUGUAAAAGAUUAAUUAGUAAACUGUACCUGGAAAUUAUAAGUAUAUUUUUACAUCUA